GCGGGACGAGGCGGGAAAAGCUGUGCGCAUGCGUAGACCGGCAGGCCGGGCUCCUCCAGGAUGGGGAAGCGAAGGUGGAGUUUUCAAGCGGGAACUUGACCCGUUAGGCGCCGCGGCCAUGGCGGCGCGCUCGCCGUCCUCCCCGCUGCUUCCACCCCCGGGACGGCCGCCGGCCCGCCGGUCCCCAUGCCCCGGGCACGGAGCCGAGGUGCACGCCGUGCGCAGCGAGGCCUCGGGUCUGACGGACGCCGCGAGGGAGAUCUUCGCGGAUAAAAGCGACUUAGUCUGGAGGGCCGAAGAAGGGGCAGGGGGCCGGCGAGGGCCGGGGAGGACCGAGGCCUCAAUCGCUCCGGUCGCCGGCGCGCCCUCGGGGUCCUGGCGGCCAGAGGGCCUCUCCGUUGCGGAGGCGAAGGCGACUCGGACGCAGCUGCUGGAGGAAGAGCUGAGCAGCCUAAAGGAGGAGCUAGCCCUGUGUCAGGCUGACAAAGAAUUUGUAUGGUCUUUGUGGAAACGUCUCCAGGCAACAAAUCCUGAUCUCACUCAAACUGUCAGCUUGGUCGUGGAAAGAGAAAAACAGAAAUCUGAAGCCAAAGACAGAAAAGUUCUGGAAAUUUUACAAGUCAAGGAUGUUAAAAUACAAGAACUGGAGCAGACCGAAUCAGUACUAAAUCAGGAAAUAAAUGACCUUGUAAAACAGAAGACUAAGGUUGAUGAAGAAAAUGCCUUCUUGAGGAAAGAAUUCGGUGAUUUACAGAAGAAAUUUAAAGAUAAAAGCCAAGAAGUUAAGAACACUAAGGAGUGUCUACAGAUUAAAGAAGAGCAAAACAGACUGUUUAUAAAAAACCUGGAGGAAGAAAAUGAGAAAUUACGUACACGCUGCACUGAUCUGCUAAAUGACCUGGAGAGACUGAGGAACCAGGAAGCACAUUGGAGAAAAGAGAAAUACAAUGCUGAUGCAAAAGUAAAGGCUUUUGAAGACAAUUUAAUGGAAGCAAAGAAAGAAAUUGAAUUAUCACAGAGUAAAUACAAUGAUCUGUCACUACAGUUGGAUAACAAACAGACUGAACUUCUCCAAAAAGAUAUGGAUAUUACACUGGUCAGGAAGGAACUGCAGGAGUUGCAGAAUCUGUACAAGCAGAACAGCGCACAUACAGCAGAGCAAGCAGAGCUAAUCCAGCACCUCCAGGUCCUCAAUAUGGAUACACAAAAAGUACUAAAGAAUCAGGAAGAUGUUCACACUGCUGAAAGUGUAUCAUACCAAAAACUUUAUAAUGAAUUACAUAUUUGUUUUGAAACUACAAAAUCAAAUGAAGCUAUGUUCCGGCAAAGAGUUGUUAAUCUUCAGGACCAACUGUUUCAAAAAGAACAAGAAAAUAUAAAAUUAAAAGAAAAACUUGAGGAAUCACAAGGAGAACCCUGUCUGUCACCUCUGGAAAGUGAUUCAAAUCACUCAGGAAAGUUGUCUCAACAGCCAUCGUUUUCAAGCUUGGAAACAUUAAUUGUCUCACAGAAGUCUGAAAUCGAGUAUUUACAGAAGAAACUGAAAGUGGCAAAUGAAAAGUUGUUGGAUUGUAGAUCCUCUGGCCAGAGUUUCUCAGGGAAGAGCGCUGAAGGAAAACACAAGGAACCACCUGUGAAACGCUCAAGGUCUUUGUCCCCAAAGCGCACUCUCAAGGCCUCAGAGGAGCUAAGGAAGCUAAAAAAAGCUGAAAGAAAGAUUGAAAACUUAGAGAAGACACUACAGCUAAAGAGCCAAGAAAAUGAUGAGCUAAGAAAUGCCCAUGACAAACGCAAGGAAAGGCUACAGAUGUUACAUACCAACUACAGAGCAGUAAAAGAGCAAUUAAAACAGUGGGAAGAAGACAGUGGCAUUAGGACUGAAACUAGAAAAAUGAAGCGAGCACUUCCUCAACAACUUCGUCAAGAAGAUUCUGAUGCUGUGUGGAAUGAACUGGCGUAUUUCAAAAGAGAAAACCAAGACUUGAUGGUUCAAAAGAUGAAUCUUCAAGAUGAAUUGGAUGAGCUUAAAGUACAGAUGUCUAUUGAUAAAACAACCAUACAAGAAUUGAACAGGAGCAUGGCAGAGAAAAGAGAAGAACAACUCUUUAGACACUAUGAAGAUGCUGGGGUCAAGAAGAGUACUCCAGAGAAGAAUGAGAAAGCAAUACCGGAGCAGACAUUACAGAAGGUCAUUGAGUUGGAAAAUCGGCUAAAAUCUUUUGAGAAAAAGUCAAGAAAAUUAAAAGAAUGGAGUAAAAAAUUAAAGAAAGAAAACGAUUUACUGAAAUUCCAUUUAAAACACUAUCAAGAAGAUUCAGAGGCAAGAGAAAGAGAGUUAGAGCACCUGCUGAAGAUGAGUAAAGAUGUAGAAAAUGACAAAGGUGAACUUCAAAUAAAAAUCACCGAGCUGGAGAGGGAAGUCACUACCUUGAGGAGACAAGUGGCAGAAGCCAAGGCUUUGGGAAAUGACAAUGAAGAGGUGGCAAGUCAAGAGGAGAAACUGCACCAUCCCACCGACAAAGCUAAAUCUGAGAUAGCCACCACAGAUGUGAGAGCCCGGCAGUACGACUGCAAGACAAGCACUACCAAGGUGAAGUUUAAAGCUGCCAAGAAAAAGAUCUUUGUGGGUCGCCACCACACUGUUCUCAAUCACUCCAUCAAGGUUAUGAGCCACAUUGAGAACCUCAGCAAGGACGGCUGGGAGGACGUGAGUGAAGGCAGCAGUGAUUCUGAAGCACAAAGUUCUCAAAAUUUGGGAACAAUUAUUGUGGAAACAUCCCAGAAAAUAAGCCCUAUAGAAGAUGAUGAAGACCAGAAAGGAAGUGUUCAAACAGAAGACAGCUAUGCUCAACAAAGGGAAAUGCAGAAAUCCUCACGUGAGGAGGGCAAGGCCCUGAAGGAUAUUUCUCAUUAUAAGAAUACCAAGAAAAUGGCUUUUCAAAAGAAGAGUGGAAGCAUGCAGAAGAGUUUCCAUACAGUAGUUCCUGCCAAAGUUAACAGAGACAAGUGCAAAAAUAUACCUGCCCAAAAAUCCAGUAGCAACACUAUUUUAUUACGAGAAAGGAUUGUGUCCUUGCAGCAACAAAACAGUUUGCUUCAUAAUGCCAGGAAAGCAGCAGAGUCAUCUGCUAAGGAGUAUAAAGAAGCAAACGAGAAACUCCUCCAUCAACAGCAGAUAUCAGAUCAGCGAUUUCAGACCAGCAGACAGACAAUAAAG